AUGGGUACGUUUGUGACCCUGGCGGAGGUGCUGGAGGCGCGGGGAUCAGCACUAGAGGAGGAUGAGGUCUGGUGUCUGCUCAUGGCCACUACUGAGGCCUUACUGGAGAUCUCCAGUAAAGGUCCAGGUAACAUGUGCACCAUGCUGAGCCCGGGCUCCGUGCUGCUAUCGGCCAGUGGAAAUCUAGCCUUUAAAAGCUGUGCCAGAUCGGAGGAUGUGGUGUCCUUCACGGCUCCGGAGGUCCAGCAUGGACACGCUGCUUUGACCAGGACUGCAGCUGAGAAGAUGGUUGUGUAUUCUUUGGGAAUGACCCUGUACUGGUGUGUUGAUUACCAACUACCUCAAAACCAGCCUGUCCAGCUGAGCAGCGAGUUGGACAGAUUGCUACUGAGCAUGUGCGAAGAUGUGUUGCCAAGGCGAACUGACCUGCUGACGGUGCUGGAGACCUGCGAGCUGCACCACAAGGCCUUUCUGCUGCCCCCCCCGGACAGGCUUGUGAAACAGCUGGUGGAGGACGUCUUCAGAGACUCUGUUGACCAUGUGUCAAUGGCUGAAAAUGGAUCCCAGCUCACAGACCGCAUUCAGACGAUCAGGGAGAAAUUGCACAAUAGAAAUAAGGUACAAAUCAACUGUUUUUCAGGAGGCUCCAUUUCCAAUUCUACCUUGGCUCUUAGAAGGAAAGUCUCCAGAACUUCCUCAGGAGCAUCUUAUCCAGCGGAGCCCACGGGGUACAACACAUUCGACAAAAACGCCUCGGGAGGUCGACACAGAGAAAAUUACAGCAACUGGCAGCAGCUGUCUCGCGGCUCCUGUGGUCCAUACACGGAUGGUAGUCGGCAUGCCGGCAGAAGAUCUUUCUCCCACUUUGAGUCCACAGUCAGUCUGAAUGAUAAGAAAUUUAAGGAUAUGGGUCCCGAGUUCAUUCGAAUGCUAGAUGAGCCGUUGGUGGUCUUGGAGCUUCCUGGGUCCAUUGUGUCAAAGAAAGGGAAGUCGGUGUCCACCCAGAGAGAGCUGAGCGUGGUGAUGCCCAGCGGACAGAGCAUCCUGGUCAAAUGUGAGGUGAAGUCCAGAGGUGGAGACGUCUUCGACAUGAUCGUCGCUCACUCCAACCUGGUGGAGCACUUCUACUUCGGCCUUGCAUACAUUGACGAUAAUGAGUUUUUCUUCCUGGACAACGACACCAAGAUUUCCAAAGUCGCUCCGGACAGCUGGAAGAAGGUGUCUACCGCCACCUUCGUGCUUUUCUUCCGGGUUAAAUUUUUUGUCAGCGACAUUUCUCUACUUUUGCACAAGUUGACCCGUCAUCAGUACUACCUCCAGCUAAGGAAGGACCUUUUGGAGGAUAGACUCUCAUGCCAUGAGGAGACUGCUCUUUUCCUGGGGGCUCUGGCCCUGCAAACUGAGUACGGAGACUGCAUGCCUGAGGUGUACGGUACGAACUACUACCGCCCCGACCAGUACGUCUCCAAGAGUGUGAUGGAGAAACGAGCGUUGCCCUACAUUAAGGGGGAGCUUCUGCGGCUGCACAGGAACAACGCCCAGAUGCUCGUUGAUGAAGCCGAGCGGGAGUUUCUCAAGGUGAGUCAGCAGUUGCCUGAAUACGGCGUGCUGUUCUACCAAGUGAUGCGAGAGAAGAAGCCCACGGAGGGAGAGCUCAUCCUCGGGGUGUGUGCCAAAGGAGUCAUCGUCUAUGAGGUCAAAGAUGGGAGUCGAUCCACCAGUCAGAUUUUCCACUGGAGGGAGACGGCUACUAUUUCUUCUAAUAGGCGUAAAUUCACGAUUGAGUGCCGAGGAAGCAAGAAGAAGUACACCUUCAUCACAGAGAGGUCCAAGAUCGCCAAAUACCUUUGUAACCUUUGCUCUGCACAGCACAAAUUUUACAACGAGAUGAACUCUCGCCAACUCAGCCACAGCCUUGUCUCAGACGAUAACAUAGUUCAGUACGCAGCCGUAUGCCGGGCGCAGCGCCACCAGCGCAAGUCCUUCUCGUGUUCGGAGACGCCGCAGGACGACAGCGGCCCGACCAGCCCUCACGACGACUCCAUGACCAAGCUCUGCGAUGACGUCGCAGCCCGGAUUGAGGCCCGCUUCAAACAGCAACGCCUGAGCCUCCAUGAACAGAGCACCUGCUCCAGCAGUCAGCGCAGCAGCACCAGCGUGCGUUCCCCAUCUUGCUCCCAGAAGAGCGGGUCAGAGGCUCCUUCAGGCUCCUCAGCUGCCAGAGAUACGCCGAAUAGACUAACAUCAUCGGAGAGAGAAGUCAUAUGUGUGUCCUUAAAGAAAGACCAAAAGCUGGGCCUGGGGAUAGUGAUAGUAGGAGAAGACACCGUGGGCCGGUAUGAUCUGGGGAUCUUUGUGGCGUCCGUUGUGCCCGGUGGACCUGCAGAUAAGGAUGGACGCAUCCGACCAGGUAGUCGUCUGAUCUCCCUGAACCAAAUCAGCCUGGAGGGGGUGACCUCCUGCGAGGCAGCGGAGGUCAUGCAGAGCAGCCCCGAGGAGGUUCAACUCAUUAUCUCACAGCCAAAAGUCGCCCUCCCCCCCAACAACGUGCACUGUCCCAUGUUGGGAAAGGACGAGUCCCAGAUGACGCUGAUGGGGGACAGUCACUCGAGAGACGACAGCCUGGACGAGAUCAUUUCUGUUAUGAUGACGCCCAAGACUGGCAGCAGGCUACACAUCCCCCAUGACAUACGCAUCCUCAACGCACAGGACGGCUGCUCCCCGUCCUCCUCGCUGAACUGUGUGAGACCAGAAGAGAGCAUUACCGAACUUGUUGAGCUCCGAAAGAAAGCAGGAAGUCUUGGCAUCAGCAUUUCUGGCGGUGUCAACACCAGUCUUCCUAAUGGUGGAAUCUACAUCAAGAGCCUCGUUCCUGGAGGUGCAGCAGAAAGGGACGGACGAGUCCGCUCAGGUGACAGACUGCUGGAGGUGGACGGGGUCGGGUUUGAGGGUUUCACGCACCAGCAGGCUGUGGAGUGUCUGACUAAAACCAGCGAGGUGGUGACUCUGCUCCUGGAGAGAGAGUCCAUGGGUCUGCCCAGAGUGUGUGUCAGUCCAGACACCGGCAGCCGUCUCUCGCCUCACUGCUACGGCCCCGCCUCCAGCCAGAUGCGGAACCACAGCUGUCCCGCCAUCAUCACCACCCCGUACACGCUCUCCGCCAGGCCCAGAGACUACAGCUUCAUGACGGACGACAACACACUGGAGGUAACUCUGAGGAAAGGUGCCACAGGCCUGGGCUUUAGCUUCCUCAUGUGUGAGAUGGACCUGCCCGGAAACGAUUGGGGCAGCCUGGUGCGCAUAAAGGAGCUUUUCCCUGACCAGCCAGCCCAGCAGAGCGGCAGAAUCCAGGAGGGGGAUGUCAUUCUGGCCAUCAACGGCCAGCCCCUGAAGGCCCUGCCUUACCCGAGGGUGCUGCAGCUGUUCAGGACCUCGCCAGCUGAGGUCCGACUAGCUCUGUGUCGGCCUGCUGCAGGGACGGACAUGGACGCAGGGGACUGGUCAGGCUGGAGUCUGACCGUGGACCAGCACGUGGAUCCCCACGGAAUAAUGGAGAGAAUGUCAACUGAUGGAUCAGCUGCAACCAAAGGCUGCACACUGUCCUAUCAGCUCUCGGUGACCCUUAACCCGCCGACCCCUGUGUCCCGUUAUGUGUUCGGCAAAUACAGUGGCGGAGCGUGA